AUGGAGUUAGAGAGAUUCAGGGUAGGUCUUACACCAACAGUGUUCUACCUUCCUGCUUUCAUAACUGAUGAAGAACAAACUCAGCUCUUAAAUCAUAUAUAUGGAGCAUCUGGUUCUAAGUGGAAGACAUUAAAGAACAGAAGAUUACAGAACUGGGGUGGUAUGGUCCAUGAAAAGGGUCUUGUUCCACAAGAGUUGCCUUCUUGGCUGACAAAGAUUACAGCGAAAAUUUACGAAAGCUCGGGUUUAUUCCCUUCUGCGAUAAAUCAUGUCCUUAUCAAUGAAUACCAUCCUGACCAAGGGAUAAUGCCGCACCAAGAUGGACCCGCUUAUUUUCCCGUUGUAGCUAUCCUGUCUCUAGGUUCACCUGUCGUUAUGGACUUCAGUCCGCAUUUGAGAUUAAGAUCAGGCGAUGAUGACAUUUCCAGAGACCAAUGUCCCGGUGCAGAGAGUUGUGUGCCUGAGAGAGAUAAUCCACAUUCGUUCUCUGUCUUGAUGAUGCCUCGAAGCUUACUGAUCUUCAAAGAUGAAGCUUACUCGGAUUUCCUCCACGGAAUUAGCGAUAGUCCAACACAAUGCUACAACAAGGUGGUGAAUGAAGCUGAAGCUUUAGCUUUGUCUACUACAAACUCAGAGAAUUCUAAUGAAGAUUCAAGAAAAGAUAAUGACAAGAUUCUUAACAGAGACCAAACUCGAGUUUCACUUACUUGCCGUUUAGUCCCCAAAGUCCAUAAGAAUCUCUUCAGGUUUUAG